AUAAAUAAAGAUGAUUACUAGUUCCUUAGAUGCAGGCAAUUGUGAUUGCACUUUGAAUACAAACUAGAAACCAAAUUUUAAAGCAUUCAUUACUUAAAAGAUUUGAGAAUGGCGAUUGAACGUAUUAUCAUCGCAACACUCAUUGCCACUAGCCUGAUUUCCAUGGCCAGUGCCAUCCCUGGAACUGCCACUUUCUACACUACUCUUGUUCCAUCGGCAUGUUAUGGAUUCGAAGACCGAGGUACAAUGGUAGCAGCAGCAAAUCCUUCAUUAUACAACAAUGGAGCAGCAUGUGGACGAAGGUACAGAGUGAGGUGCACUGGACCUGCCAACGCUUGCACGGGAAAUGAAGUUACCGUAACAAUUGUAGAUCUUUGCCCAGGAUGUGGAAAUGACCAGCUUGAUCUCUCCCAGCAAGCCUUCUCCGUCAUAGCUAACCCCGAUGCUGGAAGAAUCAGGAUUGAUUAUAACCAGGUUUGAGACAACUUUGCAAAAACAAAAAGUUCUAGUUAUCAAGAAUAAGCUCUUAGCUGAUAUGGAGAAUAUAAUAAGUCAUACUAGUUUAAUAAGCAUCAGCUAAAUAUCUACUUUCAUAAUUUCAAUAAUACAAGUUUGGAAGAUGCUGUGAGAAUUUGAAGAUAUCUUGUGAUAACUUCUAUAUGCAAAUAAAAGUUUGAAUUUUAUGUAUCA